ACGUUGAAGACUGUAUCACAUAUUCUUUUCUAGCUGCUGCUAUACAUUUGUAUGAUUACUAGGCACAAUCUUGUACUGGGAGAUUUAUGUAAAGGUGUCUUUAAGAUGGACAAAACAAUGUUCUCAGGAAAAGGAAGAACGCCACCAUUGAACCAACAAUAACGAAGGUACAAUCCUGCCGUUGAUGCCAUGCUGUAAUGUGUUCAAGGAUAAACAGAAGUCAACUGUCGGUUGCCUUCUUAAAAAUGCAAUACCACUUCCUACAUCUGAGAUAUGGAAAUGGGAAACAGGAGAAAUUAAUGCUGAAAAAGCAAAGUCAGUUGUUAUCAUGGACGGAUAUUAUGCAAUGGCCAGCUUCCUGGCCGUCAGUAAUGCAGAGUGGAAGCAACAGCCAUUAACCUGCUCUAUAAAGGACAAAAAGCACAAACUCACAAUUCCAGAUUGCAUGGGCACUGUCAAAUAUCCCCAUAUUGAGAUUUUACUGCCUCAGAUUGAUGAUGGCACAGAAGCAGAUAUACCUUUACUUUGUUUUUUGUCUGACUUUACACCCAAAGAAAUACACGUUGGUUGGCUUCAAAGUGGUAAGGAGCAUGAUUCUCAAACUAAAUUUAAAGUUCUACGUGAUGAAGAUGGGUUUAAUUUUGGAACAACUAAACUGAGUGUCAGCAGAAAAAGUUGGAAUAGUGGAGACAUAUACACUUGUAAGGUGGACAUCAAAGGCCAAAUCCUGAUGCAUAAUAUUAGCAAGUAUUCAGAUCAUACUCAAAUUAAGUUCAGAUCUCCCAGAAAUGAAAUUAUGGCAUCUUGUGAGAACAAGAAUAAUUCAACUUUAAUUUGCUUAGUCUCUGACUUCUGGCCACAUGAUGCUUCCAUUGCCUGGUUGAAGAAUGGGCAAAUACUCCAAGACAAAGGCAAGGAUUUUACUGCCAUGUUAAACAGAAAAAAUAACAUGUACUUUGGAAAGAGUGCAAUAAGUGUACAAUGGAAUGAAAAAGACAUUUAUACAUGUAAAAUUACUCAUCAAGCUCAGCACUAUCUGCUGAAUAUCACUAAAUGUUCUGCUUGUCCAAACAGCUUUGAAGACCCUGUUGUAGACCUGACAUUACCCUCCAGCGAAGAUUUACAAAAUGGCAAUGCUAAAAUAAUAUGUUUAAUUCAGGUUAACAAUCUGAAUCCUAGUCAAGUGACUUUAAAAUUUGAUGACAAGAUCAUGAAAAUGACAAGUGAAUUUGCAAAAGCUGACAAACUAAAGGAUACGUACAAAGUAACAUAUACUGUAACCAAGAAAGAACUAAAAGGAAUAAGCACAGUGACAUGUGUGGUUAACCGGCCUUGCUCUACUCUACCAGUAGAGAAAUCAAAGGGAAUUGAUAAAAUUAUUGAGCCAAGAUCUCCAGACAUUGUGACAUCUUUUGGAGCUAGCAAUAUGUCAACAGGCUCUAUCCCAUUGUUGUGCAUCAUUAACAACUGCUGGCCACAGGCCUCAAACCUCGUGUGGUUAAAAAAUGGGAAAAUAUUAGAUAAUAAGGACAAUGUGUUCACAUCAAUGAAGCAGGAAAAUGGAAUGUAUUCUGGGAGCAUCCUGCUGAAUGUGCCUAUAGAAAGCUGGAACAAAGACACAUAUUUUUGUCGUGUGACCCAUCAGAGCAAAGACUUCACUGAGGCUGUAAAAAAGCCUCAAGAGCCUGAUGGCGACAUACUAAAACCAUCCUUUAGGGACCUCUUUCUUUCUAACAAUGCAACAGUUUCAUGCAGAACUAAUAUGGUGUAUGCUGACAUUCAUUGGAUAGUAAAUAUGAAGCAAAGGAAAGCACAAACGAAAAAAGCUGAAGUUAUACAUAACAACACAACAUGGAUUCAAAGCACAAUCACCAUCAGCUUGGCAGAAUGGAAGGAAAUAUCAACUCUCUCCUGCAAACUAAAUCCAGCCCAGGAGAAUCUCCAAAGAAAAAUGACUAUUGUCAGGACAAAGAAUGAGACUAAGGUUCCAACCAUACAUCUGCUGUCUCCUGACCAAGAAACAAUGGUGGACAAUGUUUUGAUGUUGACCUGUUUGGUAAUGGACUUUUAUCCAGAAGAUCUCUUUGUAACCUGGAAGAUCAAUGAUUCAUUAAACAAGGAAGACAAUUCAAACUCCAGUCAAGUCAACUGCAACCAUAGUAUAAAGCAAUGUUCAACUAUAAGCCAGCUGCUAAUACAGAAGAGCGAGUGGUUAAAAGGCACAACUUACUCAUGCCUUGUAGCCCAUAUCUCUUCUUAUGAAUAUAUCAUUAAGAAUAUCACUGGGGUUCCCAACAAAUCUGAAGAAGCAUUUGUCACACUGGAGCCUGACAUACAUAAACCGUCCUUCAAUGAGUUGCUUCUUUCCAGAAAUGCCACUGUCAAUUGUAGAACCAAUGUUGGCAUCAAUGAUAUAAACUGGUUGUUAAAUGAGACAGAAAUAGCUACAUCCAGGCAGAGAAACGAUGAACGAAUGUUGUACAGGGAUGUGGAAUCAGUACAAGUCACUGUACAAAUCCCAUUGGAAGAAUGGAAAAGAAGCUCAACACAAGUCUGCAAUCAAGAAUUUUAUAAUAACACAGACCCCGAUAUGAUAAAACAGCCCAAGGUUCAUCUAUUGCCCCCUGUCAAAGAAAGCACCGAACAGGAACAUCAAACAUUGAUUUGUCUCGUCAACGGAUUUUAUCCAGAAGAUGUUCUUGUGACCUGGAAGAAGAAUGACACCACAGUCAAGCAGGACUUCCCUCAACUGAAGGAUGUUCUCUGUGACCCUCAGAAACAGUUGUGCUCAUAUGUCAGUCAUUUAUCCAUCUCAAAAGAACAGUGGCUUGGAGGAAUGAGCUAUGCAUGCCUGGUGGCUCACUUCUCAUCUAAAUAUUAUAUCAGUUUGAAUAUCAGCAAAUCAAAUGAUGGAUACUUGCCUACAGAUAUCCAUACUGCCUAUGAAGAUAAUGGAGGGGAAGAACUACAGGAGGCAGAAGAGAUCAACAAUGUGUGGACAACCACAUCUACGUUUAUUGUUCUGUUCUUGGUGACAUUGAUCUACAGCAGCUUUGUCACAUGUGUCAAGGUCAAGUAAAUGACAGAAACAAGAAAAACAGAGUCUGCACAUCAAUCCCCUUUCCUGAAGAGAUGAGCCCCUAUCCUGGUUAUAUUUUGGUUAAAACACCAAAGCUGUGAAUGUUAUCGACACUGUAGAUAUGUCUGCGAAUUUAUAGUUAGAGGAACUGAAAUGCAACAGAAUGGCAUUAACAAACAUCUAGAGAGAGGCAGGAAAGAUCUUUCAAAGAUGUUAUGGCAGGAAUUAGUUACCAAGUGUACCCCUGUAAUCCUCUUCAUGACCAUUUAUGAUGAUUCUGAUUAGGGAUGAGCGAAUCGACUUUAAAUUAAACAUCUGAAGUCGAUUCGCAUAAAACUUCGUUCUAAUAAUGUACAGAGCAGGAGCUUCAUAAAUUAAU